AUGCUAACUCUCAUUCCUUCGAUUCUACUCACUCUGAAACAACGUCUACCUGACUUCCCUAAUGUAGAUAAUGGUAUCUUCAUCCAUAAAGUUGUCAUGGGAUCACCUGCUGAUCAGUUUUCUCUUUUUUUUUUUCCUUUCUUUUCCUCCCAUUUUCUUCCCCUCCCUCCCUCUUCCUUCUUCCCCAGUUUCUUUUCCCCUUCUUCUUUCCCUUUCUCUUUCUUCGACUAUCUUUCUUCCUUCCACCCUUUCUUCUUCCUCUUCUUCCUUCCACCCUUUCUUCUUCCUUCCUCUUCUUCCUUCCACCCUUUCUUCUUCCUUCCUCUUCUUCCUUCCACCCUUUCUUCUUCCUUCCUCUUCUUCCUUCCACCCUUUCUUCUUCCUUCCUCUUCUUCCUUCCACCCUUUCUUCUUCCUUCCUCUUCUUCCUUCCACCCUUUCUUCUUCCUUCCUCUUCUUCCUUCCACCCUUUCUUCUUCCUUCCUCUUCUUCCUUCCACCCUUUCUUCUUCCUUCCUCUUCUUCCUUCUUUUUCUCCCCCACUUCUUCUCUUUCUUUUCUUUUUCUUUUCUCCUUUCUUCUUUAGGAAAUCAGCUGGCUAUCUUGAGGAAGACAACUGCUAUGAAUCCUGA